AUGGCUUAGACACUUGUCCCCUCAGCCUCCCAGGCUCUGCUGUACCAGCUGACGGCCCUCGCGGAGCAGGAGCCCCGGGGCCAGCCCAAGGCCUCCGGCCUGCGACUGAUCGAGUCCGCUCACGACAACGGCCUCCGGAUGACCCCCAGGCUGCGGGACUUCGAGGUGAAGGAUCUGCUCAGCUUAACGCAGUUCUUUGGCUUCCGUACCGAGACUUUUUCGCUGGCCGUGAACUUCCUGGAUAGGUUUCUGUCAAAAAUGAAGGUACAGCCGAAACACUUGGGCUGUGUUGGCCUCAGCUGCUUCUACUUGGCGGUGAAGGCAUCGGAAGAAGAGAGAAAUGUUCCUUUAGCCACUGACUUAAUUCGAAUAAGCCAGUACAGGUUCACUGUUUCCGAUAUGAUGAGAAUGGAGAAAAUUGUAUUGGAGAAGCUGUGCUGGAAAGUCAAAGCUACAACAGCUUUCCAAUUUCUGCAACUAUAUUAUUCACUCAUUCAUGAGAAUUUGAGCUGUGAAAGGAGAAAAUACCUUAAUUUUGAGAGACUCGAGACCCAGCUUAAGGCAUGUCACUGCAGAAUCAUGUUUUCUAAAGCCAAGCCUUCUGUCUUGGCACUGUCUAUUAUGGCACUGGAGAUAGAAGAACAUAAGCUGCUGGAGUUGACAGAGGCACUGGAAUUUCUGCGACUGCAUUCCAAGAUAAGCAACAGAGAUUUGACCUUCUGGAAGGAACUGGUGUUAAAGUGCCUUACAGAAUAUUCCUCAAGCAAGUGUUCCAAACCAAACGUCCAGAAAUUAAAAUGGAUUGUGUCUGGGCGGACAGCACGGCAGCUUAAACAUAGCUACUACAGAAUAACACACCUCCCUACAAUCCCAGAGACCAGCUCCUAA